UAUUUUCCGGCGACAAGUGAGACCUCUUUCUUCUUCUUCUUCUUCCUCUCUGCGUCCAAUUCGUGUCUCUCUUCGCCUGAUCUUUCAAUUCAUCUACGAGGAGCAUCUGCGUGCUAGCAGCGAAAGGUCAAAGAAGCAAGCAUCCCACAAUGAUGUCCUUCGAGAUGAAUGACAGGAAAAAAAUUGGGUUAGGGCUGACAGCAUUUGGCGUUUUCUUCUCCUUUUUGGGAAUCAUGUUUGUCUUCGAUAAGGGCUUACUUGCCAUGGGUAAUAUUCUUUUCAUCUCUGGGGUUAGUCUUACCAUUGGCCUCAAGUCUACCAUGCAGUUUUUCACCAAGCGUCAGAACUAUAAGGGAACCAUAUCUUUUGGGUCCGGCUUCUUCUUUGUACUCCUUGGCUGGCCUAUCUUUGGAAUGAUGUUGGAGACCUAUGGCUUUUUUGUUCUCUUCAGCGGCUUCUGGCCAACCUUGGCAGUUUUCGUACAAAAGAUACCUGUUCUCGGCUGGAUCAUUCAGCUACCUUAUAUUCGAUCUUUCUUUGACAAGUACCGGGGCAAGCGUGUGCCCGUCUAGUCAACUCGACAGAGAAUUCACUGAGCGGGAGAAACGAUUGGAAGAAAGAAGAGGUUUGGAUGGUAUGUGCUUGUAGAGAAGUAAACCCGUAGGAGAAAGAAAAUAGCCUGGAGCAGCAAAAGAUACGAGUUGAAGCUGUGUGUUUCUUUCUGUCUGUGUACUUAAAAAAGACUAACUCAUUGACUUGAACAACCUCUUGGUGGGUUUGUAAUCAUUUUGGUUUAAGAGUUUUUUAGGGGUUUUUUCUUUCUUUCUGAAAUUGUUUCACCAUUUGUUUUUUUUUUUUUUUUUUUUUGAAUACAUUACAAAACUGUCCACCACACUGAUGAGGUCAUAUAUUAGAGGCUCUCUUUAAAGUU